AUGAUAACUGCACAGCGUACGGGAGAAGUGGUGAGGCUCUUCUACUUCAUCAGGAUUGUUGUAGUCUGCUUCUGCCUUGCUCCCUGCACACAGGCAAGCCUACCUCCAAGCGACUACCGGGGAACUGUGGAAGGAACCGGCCUGGAUACGAAUCGUGUAGAAACCUUGGAUGAAAACAAGGAUGAGUUCACCAGAAGGCAACUUCAACUUUACGAAAACGGUAAGGAAUAUCUGAAAGCGAAUCGUGUGGAACCUUUGGAUGAAACUAUCCAGGAGUACGUAAAUGUAAAACUGGGUGCGGACCGUGUUGGAGCGUUAGACGGCAAUGAUGAUUUGACCAGUGACGAUGUCGGCUCAGGGGCUGUCCACGAAGGUUCCUUUCUCUCCACCGAAGUCGAUUCGACAGUAACUUCACUUAACGUGUCUUCAGUAAAUGGAGAAGACAAUAAUAAGACCGAUGGCAGCGCCACAGAGUCUCUUUGUCCGCAGUUUUGCUGUGUCACCAACAUGUCGUGCUUCUACAUCCUCUCCAACGCCACAAGGAAACCGGAGGUAGAGUGUACAUGCGACGGCUUCCCAGGAGACCCGAAAACCUGCCACACGGAAAACCAGGCAAUCUGGGAGGAACUCGUGGAAUCGGAGGAAACCUCCCGGGGAAUCUGCAUAGAGUUUCAUAUGAAGAACGCGCUGAACGAAACCGGACAUAAGAUUAACUGCCAUGUGGAGGGAGUGCAGGACUUUACCUUUAACAUCGUACACUGGGAGAGACCGUUAGCCAGUAGUACUGGCAAACCGACUGUUCCACCGGACUCCCAGGAGGUGUGGCUGCAUUACCGCCCGUGCGUGCUGUAUAUAGAAGUAAACAGUACGAUGCCGCCCAUGCCGGCUGGGAUCAACAAGACGAUACAGUUAGUUGUACAGUACAUCGGAACCGGACUGUGUUUCAUCUUCAUCGGUAUCAUCAUGACCUCGUGCCGCAGGAUCAAGGUGGACAUGUAA